UGUCAUUGAAAUUUAGUUAUAUACCAUAUAAAAUAAAUAAAAUGAUUGUUUUGAUUUAUUUACCAAAAUAAUAUCGUAAAUAAACAAGAUGUAUUGUUUUGAUUUAUGUUUUUACUCUAAUUUAAUUAUAUACAUAAUAAGUAAAUGAAUACAAAUAAAUAAUAAUAGAUAAAAAUUAGUUUUAUAAAUAACAUUCAUUCCGCGCAAUUGCGCGGGUCUUAAGCUAGUUUACAUAUGGAUUCAGCAACAAUGAUACAACACUUUCUCUAACUGGUAGAACUUAUCACUUUCAAACUAUAAAUUCAAAGUAUUGAAUGAAGGAGGAAUAAUUUGAAGGAAAGUAAGAGGAGAUAUAUGCAGAAAUUGAGAAGAAAACGUUAGGGAAAUGCAUGGACUUGUAUGAAAACUCCAAAUAAGAAAAAUGAGCAAAGAAACAAAUAAAAAGUUAAAAUGCCAUUGUAGAUAGAGAUGAUUCAACAACAUCAAAAACAGGUAGGCAAAGAAGAAGGAACUAGGCUUUGUCAUAUCAAUAGUUUAAUGACACUCACUCUCCAACUUGUCCCUAUAUUUAUAGUUUAAAAAAAAAACUGAAUCAUAUAGUUUGUUUUCACCUCUGAUCUCUUCACUGAAAAUCAUGUAACAUCUGUCAGUAACUCAAUUAUUCUUUGUAAAAUCUAAAACAGACAUAUACACUCUAGUUUUAUAAGAUAAGAGUGGGCAGAGUGUUGAUUAUAUAUGAUAAUUGAGAAGCAAAGUGCUACAAGCCCAUUACUUCACAGCCUGUAGAUACAAAUAUCAGAGACUUAGUUUUAAAUUCUCUCUGAGAAAAUAGACAAUUCAGAGAAAGCUCCAAAUCUUAUAGCAAUCCCAUGUGGGGAUAAGCUCUUCUUUCUCUUUCAUCUUUAUAAUCAAAAACUAAUCAGUCUCUCCUUUCUUGGAACUGUUUAUUUCACACUCUUUCCACUUCCAAUCUUCUCCUCUCUCUCUCUCUCUAGUAUCUUCUCUUGCUUCCAUCACAAAGAGUUUGUGAAAGAUGUGGGAAUCUGAGAGUGACUCCGGGGUUGUAGGAGGAGGAGGAAGAGAGUAUGGUAAUGGAGUUUUGAGUUCUAACAAACAUGCCGGCGUCAAGACUGAUGGGUUUGAGCUUAGAGGCCAAUCUUGGUUUGUUGCUACGGACAUCCCCAGUGAUCUUCUGGUUAAAAUAGGCGACAUGAACUUUCACUUACACAAGUAUCCGUUGCUGUCACGCAGCGGGAAGAUGAACAGGUUGAUCUACGAGUCACGAGACCCUGACCCGACCAUACUUCUUCUUGAUGAUCUACCUGGAGGACCAGAAGCGUUUGAGCUCGCAUCCAAGUUCUGCUACGGAGUUCCCGUGGAUCUCACGGCAACUAACAUAUCAGGUCUGCGUUGCGCAGCCGAGUAUCUCGAGAUGACAGAGGAUCUUGAGGAAGGGAACCUAAUCUUCAAGACAGAAGCCUUUCUCAGCUACGUGGUUCUGUCUUCGUGGAGAGACUCGAUCUUGGUGCUAAAGAGCUGUGAGAAGCUCUCACCGUGGGCUGAGAAUCUUCAGAUUGUGAGGAGAUGUAGUGAAUCUAUUGCUUGGAAGGCUUGUAGUAAUCCAAAAGGGAUUAAAUGGGCUUACACAGGGAAGUCACCAUCUCCAUCAACUGCUAAUAACUUCGCGAGUUCUAGUCCUAAAUGGAAAGACCCAAAGGACUCAGGUUUCUAUUCUAGCCCGAGUAGGAACAAUAAUAACAACAACCAGCCUGUUCCUCCAGAUUGGUGGUUCGAAGAUGUAUCCAUCUUGAGAAUCGAUCACUUCGUUCGUGUCAUCACUGCGAUCAAGGUGAAAGGUAUGAGAUUCGAACUUCUCGGAGCAUCAAUAACGCAUUACGCAGGAAAAUGGCUACCUGGUCUGAUCAAAGAAGGAACUCCAGACGAAAUGAGUGUGAGCCACGGAAGCAACAGCAGCGGAGGAAGCUCCGGCCCCGACUGGAGAGGCGGUCUCCACAUGGUCCUCUCCGGAAAACCAAACGGACAACAUCAACAAGACUCAGCCCCUUACCUCGCCGGACACGGAAUCAGCCCCAAAGACCAACGCAUGAUCGUCGAGUCCCUAAUCAGCAUCAUCCCUCCACAGAAAGACUCCGUCACCUGCACCUUCCUCCUCCGCCUCCUCAGAGCAGCCAACAUGCUCAAAGUAGCCCCCGCGCUGAUCACUGAGCUGGAGAAACGCGUCGGGAUGCAGUUCGAGCAGGCGACUCUUCAGGAUCUUCUGAUUCCGAGUUACAGCAACAAGGGAGAGACGGUGUACGACGUUGAUCUUGUUCAGAGGCUGUUGGAGCAUUUUCUCGUUCAGGAGCAGACGGAAGGGUCGAGCCCGAGUAGAAUGUCGCCGUACGCCGACGCCGGAAUCCCGAGAGCGAAUAGCAUUAGUGGUGGUGGUGGUAACGGUGGCAGUAAUCAGAACGCGAAGAUGAGAGUGGCGAGGCUUGUGGAUAGUUAUCUUACUGAAGUUGCUAGAGACAGGAACUUGCCGUUGACCAAGUUUCAGGUUUUGGCUGAGGCUUUGCCUGAAUCUGCAAGGAGUUGUGAUGAUGGACUAUACCGAGCAAUUGAUUCAUAUCUCAAGGCUCAUCCGACGUUGUCGGAACACGAGAGGAAGCGGCUAUGCAGAGUGAUGGACUGUCAAAAGCUAUCAAUGGACGCAUGCAUGCACGCGGCUCAGAACGAGAGGUUACCAUUACGAGUGGUGGUUCAAGUCCUCUUCUCGGAGCAAGUGAAGAUCAGUAACGCCUUAGCCAACACAUCACUCAAGGAGUCAACAACGUUAGGAGAAGCCAUGGGUACUACUUAUCAACCAAUGAUCCCAAACCGUAAGACAUUAAUCGAAGCUACACCACAAUCUUUCCAGGCAAGAAGGGUGGGCUGCGGCUAAGAAGGAUAUUAAUACGUUGAAAUUCGAGUUAGAGACGGUGAAGACAAAGUAUGUUGAGCUUCAGAAUGAGAUGGAAGUGAUGCAAAGACAGUUUGAGAAAACAGGGAAAGUCAAGAACACUUCGUCUUCUGCUUGGACCAGUGGUUGGAAGAAGCUAAGUAAGUUGACUAAGAUGAGUGGACAUGAGACUCAAGAUAUGGUCGGAGGUGAACAAGUUGGUGUUGAUCAUCAACCCACGAGGAAACC